CAUUCUAACUUAUUGCACCAGUUCAGCAGUGCAGCUACAAAGAACAGACCAAUAAUCGUUCUUGCGCUUCUCUCUGCAUAAAGUGACAGGUACCGACGACCUCUGCGCAUACUUGAGGUCUUGGACAUAUGCGGUGUAUUCUUUUUUUCUUCAGAAAGAGAUAAGACCUUAUCUAGAAAUGGCAACGUCCGAGAGCGAUGGCGAUUUCGAAAGCGCCGACGAAGAGUUAGGACGUGGUAUGUCCUCUAAGAGAAAUAUACAAGCAACGACUUAUUGGACGUCGCCAACGACAGUGGACUCUGAGUCAGACGAUGAUACUGAGUAUGUUCAACAUAUGCCUUGCAGAAGUUCGAAUCUACUGAAAAAACACGAUAUUUGGAUAACCACCCUACCAGAUGUACCGAUGAAUCCGAUGACAGCAAUUAACGAUAAUAAGACUGAUAACAAUGUCAAAGUUGAGAGCGAUGUACAUAUGGGAAACUCAGCUGAUUGUAUAGAAAAAGCUUUUGAUAAGCAAGAAGGUACAUCCAGCUUGUUUCAGAUUAGCAAACAGUCCAUAUCGAGCUCUAUAAUGAAAAACAAAGAUGACAAUCCUAUAGUAGAUUGUAGUAAGAUUGCGGAACCAAAAGAUAUCAUGUCUAAAGCAGAGACUACAAGAUCAGCAGAAGUCUCUCGAACUUCACGACAAAAUUCAUCUCGUCAACAGGAUGCAAAAAAAUUAGGAACCAAGAUUACAAAGCAUAAUAUCAGUGAAUUUCUUAUUACAGAUAGUAUAGCUACAGAACAAGAGGAUGAGCAUUUAGUCAAGUGUUUAAACAAAGAAUCUACACAUUCUGAAAACAAAGAUUCAGAAUGUAGAUUACCAAAAAAACCUGAAGAUAAGUUAAUAAAUGAUCAAUUUGAAUCACAGAGUAUAGAUAAUAUGCAAGAAAUGGAUAUGCCUGAAGAACUAAAAUCAAAUAAAAAAUUUAAAGAUGUUUUUCAACCUGAAGGCUGGGAAGGUCUUGGAAAUGAUAUUGAAUUACCUGAUGAAUUGACGGAAGAGAAAUUACAACCUAUAUUGGAAAGGCUUUCCUUAGCGAGUAAAGAACCAGAAAGUUCUUCAGAUAGGGGUAAUUGGGGUAAUUGGGGAAAUUGGGGUGUAACUUCAUUGAUUAAUACUGCUACUGCAGGUGUAUCAACUUUGACUAAUCAUGUGUCACAAGGGCUAACACUUUUUGAAAAUACAACAGAGAUAGCACAAGCUCCAGAAAUGAUUGAGACAAAGCAGGAAGAACUUACUACACCUAGUGAUGCAGAAACACCAAACACCCAAGUACAAGAAAGUUCAUUAUACGAUUCAUUUGGAUUUGGGAAUAUUAUAUCAGGAGUAUCUUCAAUUACAAAAUUAGUUGAAUUGACUGGUAGUAAAGUCAUGACGGGUGGUUUAGAUACGUUAGAAGCAAUUGGAAAAAAAACAAUGGAGGUAUUACAAGAUGGUGAUCCUGGAUUGAAAAAGAAAAGGGCCUUCUUCAUGAAUGAAGCGGACAAGCCGAUUUUAUCGCAGAUUCUUAGAGAAGCAAAAGAAAAAGCUGAAACCGAAGAGAGAACGCUCGAGGAACGUAUAUUAUCUAGAAAAGUGCACUUCGAGACUCUCUUUGAUGAUUAUCAAGGACUGGUCCAUUUGGAAGCUUUAGAGAUAUUAUCGAAACAAAGCAAUAUGAAGAUUCAACAACACUUGAUCGAACUUGACUCAGACGAAUUGACAUCUAUGCAAGAAACGUUGGAGGAAAUCAAAGAAUUGUGCGAUCUAGGCGACGAAGAUGAUGGGGAUAAAGAUAAGAAAGAUUUCAAAACUAAAUUAGAAACAGCUUGUCACGAUCUCGGCGUUGACAUCACUUAUGAGAAGUUAAACAGUGUUUGGACAGAAACGGAAACUUACCUCGCAUCAUCUUCAGCGCACACGAGUCAGGAGAUCUUUCAAAGUGCUAUAUCGACACUGGCACAGUUCACCGCACUUUCUGUAGAAAGGUUUCACAAGACUGCGGAAUUGCUAUUGGUCAAAGAACGACGUAGCACAGUGAACGAAGCCGAUGCCUUAGUGGAACUCACUAAUAUCUUAUCUAAACAGAUCAGUUCAUUGGCAAAUUUAUUCUGCGAUACGUUAAAUCGGUUCACCGAGACCUCAGAGAAAGCGGGUGACAUUAACGCAAAUAUAACAACGAUUUUCUUAGAAGCAGCUAAUGCAAAUUCGUACAUUCAAGACGCUUUUAGACUCCUCAUUCCUAUUUUGCAGAUUGGUGCUAUUUGAUGAGAUAUUAUAAGAUGUAAAGGAAUUCUUUUUAAUGUUUAUAUUUAACGAUAUCUUCUAUAAAUUAAAUGUAACUUCCGGCAUAGGAAGAAUAGAAUCUUUAGUAUUACUAUAUUAUCUCAUUUUAUAAGUGUUUCCGUAUUAUCCUCUUUAUUCGAUGUAAUAUUAAUAUUCGAAAAAGGGACCAAUUUUAGCUUGAUAUAUUUGUCUAUUCUUCACUAUUACCAACUUUCGCAGUAUUUCCUUUAGUUACGAUCACGUGAGGAAAUAUAUGAAAAUAUACAACGUUUGACAAACUGAUCAGAUUUCAAUGGAAAAUUUUGGUAUACUUAGGUAUUAAUAAUACUAUUAUUUCUCAGAAUAAUAAAAUUUUAGAUCUUUAAUAUAGUAUGUAAAAGGUAUGAGGAUUAAUAUAAGAGGAUAUGUGUAAUGUAAAAUAUGAAUUUUAAUAAAGUUUACCAUGUAUAUAUAAGUUUACUAUGUAAAUGUGAUAAAUACUAACAACAUGCAUAAAAAUGACCAAAAUAUUACACGUAUUUCAUGAUCGAAAUAUAGAACAUGUAAAAAUUA